AUGGGCUGUGCAAAUUCCACUGCAGAAAUUCCGAUUGAGCUGGCGGAGAACAAGGAUACUGAGCGGCUGACGGUUUUCAAUUCGAAGUAUGUGGUUCCAGGGCCCAAGAACAUGAUGCUGCACCUGAAGGCCCAAGUGUUCUCAUUCAGUGGCGACACCUACAAAAUCAAGGAUUCCAACAACGAGAACGCGGUGGUGUUUCAAUGCCAGGGCAAGUUCUUAAGCUUCGAGCACAAGCGUGUGAUUUGCGAUGCGGAUGGCAUGCCUAUCUUUGUGAUCACAGAACCCUUGAUGCAGAUCGAUGACAAGCAGGUGGUGCAUCGCGUCACUCCAGAGGGCAAACCCAGUGAGGAGUUGUUCCGCGUGGGCUCCAACUUCGGGAAUACCGCUCAGUACACGCAGAACCUGAAGAACACAAAGGGACAUGCCAUCACACUCAACGGGAAGAUGACUCUUGUGAGCAUGAAGGGUGGCAUUUGGUUGGGGCCUGCAGGCAAAGGUCAAGCAGUCGCGAAAGUGUGCAGUCCUGUCACCUACAAGGACUUCCUUCCCGAUGACUUCGACCGAAAUGAUUACAUCGUGGAGAUCCCCCCAGGUGUUGACUCCGCACUGAUCCUUGCUAUGGUGUUGGCAUAUGAGAAGAUGGAGCAAACCUACGACUGCUGA